AUGAAGUUUGGAAAGACCUUUUUAGGUCACCAAGUGCCCGAAUGGCAGCACUCUUAUAUGAAUUACAAGGCCUUAAAAAAACAGAUCAAGGCCAUUGCACAACAGCAGGCGGAUUUGUUGGCCAAAGACCCAAGCGCCGACACGUUGAACGAUCCUGAUGUUCGCGCCGAGCUUGCCUCGUUUUUCUUCAAUCUCGACCGCAAUAUCGAAAGAGUCGACGACUUCUUCAACAAGCAGUAUACAGAGUACGAGCGUCGCCUAAAGAAGAUAACAAGUGUUCUUGCCCCUUCUCAGUUACAGUUUAACGACGAGGAGGAGGCCGAUGAGGUCAUUGGAAUCAUGUUGGAGCUCCGUAACUGUUUCCGGAACUUGAAAUGGUUUGGCGAGCUCAACAGACGCGGGUUCCGCAAGAUACUUAAGAAGCUGGAUAAAAAGGUGGGGACAAAUAGACAGGACACCUAUUUGAACGCGCGGAUUUAUCCGUUGCCGUUUUCCAACGAGGCGGAGAUCGUUCGCAAUCUCAACCAGAUCAACUUGUAUCUGAACAAGCUGCUCCCUUCCAACGAGGCCAGAGACACUCCUAUUCCGUUGGACUUGUACAACGAGAAGGCCGUGAACCAGGUGUCGAAGAAUCUCAAUUCUUCGGCGGCCUCGUCGAUCUCGACAAUCGACAUGAACCUUGUGAGUUCGUCCUCGUCGUCGCUUCUGCCUCCAACGAGCACUUUCAACAAUUCUGUCAAACACGUCAAAAAUACAGCUCUUGACAAUUAUCUUGACCCUAUCAGCAAAGACGACCCCGAGUCGUUGAACCAGGCUCUGAUCAAAGAGUUCAUGUCGCCUGUGCUUGCUCCGUUGAAGUUGCUGUUAUCGCUGCUCAACAAGGCUACCUUAAACCUGAGCUACAAGUGUAUCGACAGUCUUUUGGAGAUUAUUCCUAUUCUGUCAGACUCCUCGGACAUCAGUGGCAGGAACUUCAUUCACCACCACGUGAUUGCUCUUGGAAAACAAUACGUCAAGCAAAAAGAGAAGGAGGUCGAGAGCCAGACCAUUCCUGUUGCACACACCCCAGCAGAUAUUAACUUUAGACUGGUUUCCACGUUUGGCCCCGACGGAAUCAACUCCAACGACUCGUCGCAAGGUCUGUUGUACAUUUUCGACCAUCUUCCGGUCCAUUUGAAGUUUGCUAUUUUGCAAAAAGACACUUACAAGCGUACACCGCUUCAUUAUGCCGCCCAAUACGGCUUGCGUGAGGUGACGGCCAUCAUUAUUGAGUUUUUGAAGAAAUGGAAGCUGUAUAACGAAGCCGUUUCGAUUGACGAUAGAAACGCCUGGGGAGACUCCGAGAUGCUGACUCCGUUGCAUCUGUCGAUUUUGGGCACGCAUCCGAAAACGACAGCCGUUUUGGUGGACGCUGUUUCCAAAGACGUUGCUCUAACGUGUCCGGAACUGCUACUUAUUGCAACCAGAUUGGACUCGCCAGAGAUUUUGGAGUUGCUCCUGAGUUGUAAGGGCGUUAGUGUCGACCAGACAGACCCGGACACCAAGGAGACAUCGCUAUAUAUUGCCUCGAAGCUGAAUCUUGGCAAGUCUGUGGACUUUUUGCUGAACAACGGCGCAAACACAGAGAUUGGCGAGGCCACGUUUGGCUGGACUCCUAUUUUCGUGGCUGCGGCAGAAGGAUUUAAAGAGGUUGCCGAGUUGUUGAUUAAGCACAAUGCCAAGUUCGACACCCAGGAUCUCAGUGGCUGGACUCCUAGAGAACAUGCUUGUUUGCGUGGUCAUCUGGACAUCGCCAAGCUAUUGACCCCAAAGGACUACAACCCGUACCAGCUUUUGGAAACAAAGGUGUCUCCGUCUCUGUCUCCGCAGGUGAAGCCUUACAACAUGAGUGAGCUGGCCACUAGUUUGGACAGAGUCUCCGACACCAAGGACUCCAACGUUCUGAAGCAUCUGAAACAGCACAGAUCUGCGUCGCCAGGGCCUAACCCUGUGAAAUCGUUUGGUCACCAGUACUUGAAACCCAACGAGUCGCUGAUUUUGAUCACCUUGGGAACCACAGAUAUAAGAGACAACAGCUCUGCGAUUGAUCUGAAACGUGUUCCGCUGUCGAAAGCACACAGUACCGAGCUGGACACGGCUCUUUCUAUUGUGAUCAACGCCAAAGGGCUGGACCAGCCGUCUGUUCUUCUGGACCUGCCUCUGGACGACAACCACGGCGGGGCCAGCGAUCUGAUCAGUUUCAAGUGCGUUGACAGAGAUCCAUUGGACACGGUCAUUUUCUUCGACAUUGUUCCGACGUACCAGUCUGGCGACGAGAACAAGGAGAAGAAGAUUCUGGGCCGUGCUGCUGCUCUGUUGAGGUCUGCGUACACCAAAGUGGGGCCAAACCUGCGGUCGUUGUCCAACUCCAUCAGCUUGCCAAUUCUGGAGAGCGACACGUUGGAAGUUCUGGGAACCAUCAAGUUCGAGGUGAUGCUGAUUACUCCGUUCACGCACGAGAAGAUGACUCUAGACCGCACAGAAACGUACUGGAAGUCGUUGGUGUCUUCGCGUGUCAUUGGCCACAGAGGAAACGGUAUGAACAGCAGAGACCGCAAGUCGUUGCAGCUGGGAGAGAACACCGUGGAGUCGUUCAUCGCAGCCUCGUCUUUGGGAGCGUCGUACGUGGAGUUUGAUGUCCAGCUGACCAAAGACCAUGUUCCUGUGGUCUACCACGACUUUUUGGUUGCAGAGUCGGGAAUGGACGUUCCAAUGCAUGCAUUGACGUUGGAACAGUUCCUUGGUUUGAACCAGCCGGACUCGAAGCAGCAAAACGCGCUCAAGGAAAGCAGAGACGACUACUAUCUCUACAAAAAGGGCCGUGGUAGAUCCUCGUCGUUGGACUCAACGUCAGGAACACCUGCUGAGUCCGACUCUGAAGAGUUUUCUGUUGGAAAGGAAAGGAUGAAGCUGACCAAGACGUGGAAACUGAAACAGUACAAGGGAAAUUCGAGAGGUUCGUCUAUUGCGUCGUCGUUUGUGACGCUUGUGGAGCUGUUCAAGAAGGUGCCCAAGAACGUGGGAUUCAACAUCGAGUGCAAGUAUCCGAUGCUGGACGAAGCAGAGCACGAGGACAUUGGCCAGGUUGCCAUUGACCUCAACUUCUGGGUCGACACGGUUUUGAAGGUGGUUUACGACAACGCGGACGGCAGAGAUAUCAUCUUUUCGUCGUUCCACCCAGACAUCUGUGUGCUUUUGUCGUUGAAGCAACCGUCCAUCCCUAUUUUAUUUUUGACGGAGGCCGGAACGGCCAAGAUGGCGGAUGUUCGUGCCAGCUCGCUACAGAGUGCCAUUCGGUUUGCCCGCAAGUGGAAUCUACUGGGAAUUGUGUCUGCUGCAGACACAAUAGUGAUGUGUCCGCGACUGGCUUCCGUGGUGAAGGCCAGUGGACUGGUGUGUGUCACGUACGGCGCGAUCAACAACGACCCGGAAAACGCCAAGCUGGAAAUGGCCGCGGGCGUGGACGCCGUGAUCGUGGACAGCGUCCUGGCUGUGCGGAAAGAGCUGACCAAAAAGCGUAACGAGGACCUGAAAUUGCUUAGUGGCUGA